AGGUUGCAGCUUCUGAAUAUUACUUUGGAAAUGCGAUUCAAAGUUCGUAGGACAUAGCGGAGAAACAGAAGAUAAAUUUCACUAAACAUCCUGAAUGCGACUAUGAAACCGAGACCAGAGUUUCUCUUUCAGCAAUUCCAUCUCAUCAUGGCACAGUUGACACAGAAGUAUGCAAUUGUUACUGGAGCAAAUAAAGGGAUUGAACUGGAAAUAUGUAGGCAAUUAGCCUGUAAAGGGAUCAUGGUCGUGUUAACUGCUAGAGAUGAGAAGAGGGGUCUUGAGGCUGUUGAAAAGCUCAAACAGUCUGGUCUAUCCGAUCAUGUAAUUUUCCACCAGCUCGAUCUUACAGACCCUGCUAGCAUUGCAGCUCUUGCAGAUUUUGUCAAAACCAAGUUUGGAAGGCUUGAUAGAUUGGUGAAAAUUGCAGGAAUAGCAGGUGCUGUAAUAGAUGAUGAAGCUUUAAAAGCUUCAAGUAUUUCUGCUACUGAGAAGGAUGUGGUUAAAGUUUGGAAUAGAGUUACGACUCAAACCUAUGACUUAGCAGAAGAAUGCGUGAAAACAAACUACUUUGGUGCUAAGACAACGACUGAGGCUCUUAUUCCCAUGCUUCAGUUAUCUGACUCACCAAGGAUUGUUAAUAUUGCAUCCAGCAGGAGCAUGUUGAAGUACCUACCCGGAGAAGAGCUUAAAGAAGCCUUCAGGAAUGUUGAUACUCUCACAGAAGAGAAACUGGAUGAGAUGAUGACUGAAUUUCUGAAAGAUUUCAAGGAAGGUGCAUUGGAAAUUAAGGGCUGGCCUUUUCAUCUCCCUGCCUAUACAGUCUCAAAAGUUGUUCUAAUUACAUACACAAGGCUUCUGGCCAAAAGGCACCCAGGUUGCUGCUUCAAUUCUGUUUGCCCUGGCUUUGUCAAAACAGAUAUAAAUCGCAACGCUGGUACCCUGACUGUUGAGAACUCCAAUUGUUCGAACAAGGAGAUCUCAGUCAAUCGAUCGAGUAAAUUAGCAGAGACGGGAGGAGCUGAGCAUGGACAGGGACAUGGAGCUGAGGAUUUUAGGACGAAGGUCUGGAGCAUGUCGGGUGGUCCAUACUGCCGGCCCAAGCACUGGCAUCGCAACACCGCCGUUGCAAUGUUUGGUGUCUUCCUAAUUUGCAUCCCAAUCGCUAUGAAAUCUGCUGAGCUUGAGGUCUAAAAUUUUCACUUUUUAAUUCCUUAUUGUUGAUUGUUAGCAGCAUGUUAAAGCCUUAUAUAAUUUAGCUGAUUUUAGUAUCAUGUAUUGCCAGCUCGAGGCUUAAGAUCCUAAAAGUAUGAUGUUUCUUAAAAAAUGAGAAAUUUAGUUUGUUAGGUGGAGUUUGAGUGUUUAAAAUUUUGAAAAUGGUGGUGCACAAUUAGAUGGAAGAUGCAUUGAGUAGCUUAACUGCUAAAAGAUGAAGAAAACUCUUAAGGGGUCUAAGUUCUCUAUUAUGUUCUUUAAUAAAUUUGUUCAAUUCGA